AUUUAUCAUUUUUUUUUCUUUUAGAAAAUUUCUUUUUUGAUUAAAUACAAGUAAGUAUAGCAUGGCUGAGUAUAAAGUAGAAAAGGGCAGGUUUUUAUUGAAGAAUAGAAUUAUGUUAUUGCUAUAGAAAAACAGAAAAAAAAAAUAUUAUUUAAUUAUUUAUAUAUAUCAUUUACUUAUACUUUUUUUUUAAUUAUUAUUAUUUCAUUUUAUUUCAUUUUAUAUUUUAUUUGUAUUCAAUAGAGAGUCUAUUAUUUAUAUAUUUAUACAACAAUGGCUGAAUUUGUUAAACUUUCGAUCUUUGGUACUAUAUUUGAAGUAACUACCAGAUAUGUUGAUUUACAACCUGUGGGCAUGGGUGCAUUUGGUCUGGUUUGUUCGGCUAAAGAUCAAUUAACCGGUAUGAAUGUUGCUAUUAAAAAGAUUAUGAAACCCUUUUCGGCCCCAGUAUUGGCAAAGAGAACAUAUCGUGAAUUGAAAUUACUAAAAGCAUUAAUGCAUGAAAAUAUCAUUAGUUUAAGUGAUAUCUUUAUUUCUCCUUUAGAAGACAUUUAUUUUGUUACAGAAUUACUUGGUACGGAUUUACAUAGAUUGCUUCAAUCUCGCCCUUUAGAAAAACAAUUUAUUCAAUAUUUCCUGUAUCAAAUUUUGAGAGGCUUAAAGUAUGUUCAUUCAGCCGGUGUUAUUCAUAGAGAUUUGAAACCUAGUAAUAUUCUUAUCAAUGAAAACUGUGACCUAAAGAUUUGUGAUUUCGGUCUUGCUCGUAUUCAAGAUCCCCAGAUGACAGGUUAUGUAUCGACUCGAUAUUAUCGUGCUCCUGAAAUUAUGUUAACAUGGCAGAAAUAUGACGUCGCUGUGGAUAUCUGGAGUGCAGGUUGUAUAUUUGCAGAAAUGCUUGAAGGAAAGCCUCUUUUCCCUGGCAAAGAUCACGUUCAUCAAUUUUCAAUUAUUACUGAACUUCUUGGAACCCCACCUGAUGAUGUAAUUGCUACUAUUUGCAGUGAAAAUACACUUCGUUUUGUUAAAAAUCUUCCUAAACGUCAGCCUAUCCCAUUCAGUCAACGCUUUGCUGGUCAAGAUCCUCAAGCAAUUGAUUUACUAGAAAAGAUGUUAACCUUUGAUCCUCGUAAGCGUAUCACGGCCGAAGAAGCAUUGUCUCAUCCUUAUUUAGCCCCUUAUCAUGAUCCUACAGAUGAACCAGUGGCACCAGAGAAGUUUGAUUGGUCCUUUAAUGAAGCUGAUUUACCUGUAGACACAUGGAAAGUAAUGAUGUAUUCUGAAAUUUUGGAUUUCCAUAAUGUCGAUAAUGCAGAUACAGCUAAUUAUCUUGGAACACCUAUUACAGGAGGCAUGUUUGAAAAUAAUCAGGGCUAUAUUCAAUCCCAACCACAGUAAACAGUAUUCCAACUACUCACUCUUACUUACUCUAUCCUAUCAAUUGAAAAGAGAGGAGAAGAAGAAGAAGAACAACAGCAUACUAUUCACAAAACUAUAUAAAUAUAUAUAUUUAUAAUCUUUUUAUAUUAUAAUAUUCUUCAAUUUUUUGUCCUUUAUCCCUCUUUUUUUUUAAAAAAAAACUUAACAAUAUAAUAUAUAAAGCACUAUUACUCUUUUUUUUUUCAUUUA